AUGUGUCUCUUCCGCAUGUGCUCUCCCAUUCCCCCUUCGCUCAGCCCCCUCACGUUUCCUUCUGUAAAAUCGCAUCGUCUGUUCCUCCCUCAUGCAGUCCUUACAAUCUGCUCAGCAUAUUUCCAGCAGAUAGAGGCUGACGUGGUGAAGCAUGCAGACGCCAUCUGGCAGGCCAAGGCUGAGCUGGAGGCCUUCCAGACCACCAAUUUCGAGGAGCUGGUGACGUUUCGAGACAGGAUAGAGUCCCUUCUUCAAGACCUGACUGACGAGACUCAGGACUCAGAGCAGGCAAAGGCUGAGCUGGAGGCCUUCCAAACCACCGACUUUGACGAGCUGGUGGUGUUUCGAGCCAGGAUAGAGUCGCUGUUCCAAGACUUGACGGAUGAGACUCAGACCACUGAUUUCGACGAGCUGGUGGCGUUUCGAGCCAAGAUAGAGGCGCUGCUCCAAGACUUGACUGAUGAGACUCAGGUGCUGCAGCGCUUUGAGGGCUUCCCCAGCAGCAAGCUGGAGCUGCUGCGUGCAUCGGCGUCGCUGCACUCGCGCCUCUCCGCCCUCUCCCACGACCUGCUCUCUGCCGUGCUGCAACGCUUUGAGGGCUUCCCCAGCAGCAAGCUGGAGCUGCUGCGUGCAUCAGCGUCGCUGCUACAGCCACGCUUUGACGGCUUCCCCAGCAGCAAGCUGGAGCUGCUGCGUGCAUCGGCGUCGCUGCACUCGCGCCUCUCCGCCCUCUCCCACGACCUGCUCUCUGCCGUACCCAUGAGCAACAACGACAGGGGAGGGACACCUGGUGCUGCUGCUGGGAAUGUUGGUACUGCUGGCGCUGUUGGUGGUGCUGGUGGUGCUGGUGCGGCAGCAGCGCCGGCGUCAGUGGCGGCGGUGGGGGUGUGUUUGGAUCGGUGCGAGCGGCUGUUUGAUCGUGUGCGGAGGGAGGUGGAGGCAGUGGAGAGGAGCAGGGAGGAGGACGCGAAGAAGUUUGCAGCGCAGCGCCUGCCGUACAGUGGUGGUGCCAUUGAGAGGGUGAAGGCGGCAGCUGUGCGGCUCUCCUCGCGUCUCUUGGAGCUCUCAGCUCAGGAGAGCAUGAAGCUGAGGGCGUCAGUGGAGCUGGUGGAUGGGCGCAUUCCCGUGUACGAUGUGCCUCGAGUCAAGGCAGGCCUGUUUCUCCUCUGGCGCUGCUUCCAAUUUGCAUUCAGGGCGUACAAUUUUGCUGGCGGGCAAGAUGAAACGGCUGAAGAGCUGGCCCUUACAGUAGCUAAGGAGAUGGAAGCGUAUCCAGCUUAUAUGUGGGGAUGA